GCCGGUGGCGUAUUACUUCUCCGAAGGUGCCGCGUCGGGUCCGCAGAUGAAGGCCAUCAUCAAGGACAUAGUGGCCGCCGUGUGCGAGACGGGGCUUCAGCCUAUCGCUUUGAUAAGCGACCAGGGGACUUCAUUUCAAAGCGCCUUUAAAAGCCUUCAAGAGGAAACUAAAAGAUCACAAAUCUUAGCAGGCCAGAAUACCGACGACACUAUACACUUAAAUGGCCAUAGUCUUAGUGUAGUGUAUGACCCGCCACAUUUAAUCAAAGGAGUGAGGAAUAACUUCUUGACGAAGCAUAUUAUAAUGGACGGCAAAGUGUCGAAGUGGCAAGACUUGGUGGACGUGUACCGCACGGACUGCCGCCACGCGCAAGCUCGCCUGCUGCACAAGCUCAACGACGAGCACAUACUCCCGGAGAAAAUCAAGAAAAUGAAGGUGAAAAACUGUGUGCGUGUUUUCAGUCAAACCAUGGCAGCAGCUUUAUCUUACACAGCUUCAUUUUCGCACUACGCGGACGGCACGCCUGUGAGCGCUACGCUGUCCAACACGGCAGAACUGGUGGCCUUCCUCGAUGACCUGUUCGACAGCGUCAACGGCGCCAGCACCCACCACAAGCACACAAAGGGAAAGCAACUGCGGACUGCCGUAACUGAAAACUCAAAACAUCACGAUUUCUGGGUGAAGGCGAUAGAAAUAAUAGAAAAAAUUAAAUUCCGUGAUAUCAACGGAAAAUUGACAACAGUUCCGACGUUGAAAAAUUGGUUGACAACUUUAAAAAGCUAUCAAAGGCUGUGGCAGGUUAUGAAAGAAAAAAAUAUCAAGAUAAUGCGCCCGCGGUAUUUUAACUCCGACGCAAUAGAAAAAUUUUUCGGAAGAGUGCGAGCGUACAACUUGUUUAAGUUUAUCUGGAAGUAUUCUGGGUGA